AUGGGUGCAGAGGGACUAGUAAGUGAUGUGAAGAAAUCCAAUCCAAAACUAACAUUAUUACCUCUCAUAGCUCUAAUCUUCUAUGAAGUGUCUGGGGGUCCUUUUGGAGUGGAGGAUUCAGUCAGGGCUGGAGGUGGUCCUCUUUUAUCUUUGCUUGGAUUCUUGAUCUUCCCUCUAAUCUGGAGUAUACCAGAAGCUCUGGUUACAGCUGAACUUGCCACAAGCUUCCCUGUCAAUGGCGGAUAUGUUGUUUGGAUAUCCUCAGCGUUUGGACCCUUUUGGGGGUUUCAGGAAGGAUUUUGGAAAUGGUUCAGUGGGGUUAUGGACAAUGCACUUUACCCGGUUUUGUUCCUGGAUUACCUGAAGCAUUCUUUGCCAAUCUUUAACCGAAUGAUUGCUCGAAUCCCUGCUCUUUUAGGGAUCACCAUUACACUAACUUACUUGAAUUACCGAGGCCUUCACAUUGUUGGCUUUGCUGCUGUUCUGCUUACCGUUUUCUCACUUUCCCCAUUUCUCAUAAUGGGUAUUCUUUCCAUUCCACAUAUUAGGCCCAGGCGGUGGCUUGUUGUAGAUUUUAACAAGGUGGAUUGGCGAGGAUACUUCAAUUGUAUGUUCUGGAAUUUAAAUUAUUGGGAUAAGGCAAGUACCCUUGCAGGAGAGGUUGAAAAUCCCAGUAAAACGUUCCCAAAAGCACUUCUUGGAGGACUGGUUUUGGUGAUGUCCUCAUAUUUGAUUCCACUACUUGCGGGAACAGGUGCUUUGAGAUCUUCGCCCAGUGAAUGGACAGAUGGUUAUUUUGCAGAAGUGGGCAUGUUAAUUGGUGGCUCUUGGCUCAAACUGUGGAUUCAAGCGGCUGCUGCUAUGUCUAAUUUGGGCUUGUUUGAAGCAGAAAUGAGCAGUGAUUCUUUUCAACUUCUAGGGAUGAGCAAGAUAGGAAUGCUUCCAGCUGUAUUUGCUUCAAGGUCUAAGUAUGGAACACCCACUGUUAGCAUUUUGUUCUCUGCCACUGGAGUUAUCUUCUUGUCGUGGAUGAGCUUUCAGGAAAUCAUCGAGUUCCUCAAUUUCUUAUAUGCUGUAGGAAUGCUUCUUGAGUUUGCAGCUUUUGUAACUUUGAGAUUGAGGAAACCAAAUCUUUAUAGACCUUACAGAGUUCCAUUGGGAACAUAUUGGGUGGCUAUGCUUUGCCUGCCUCCUGCUUUGUUGCUUAUUCUUGUAAUGUGCUUGGCUUCUUUGAGAACGUUCUUCGUGAGUGGAGCAGUGAUUCUCGUGGGGUUUGUACUGUACCCUAUCUUGGUUCAAGCCAAGACUAAAAAUUGGAUACUGUUUGAAGCAGAACCACCUUCCUUACCUUCCAAUGGCUUGCAGCAAUGCCAUUCGGUUAUUUCAGAACUGGUUGACCAAGAAAACAAGGAUGUUGAACUUCUUGUGAGCUCACCAUUUACUGGUGUGGAAGAAGAAUUGUCUUUAGUGCAAAGUGAUUCUAAACCAAACUAGCAGGUUCUUAU